GUCGCACCGACAACAACACAACUCAAAGCAAUAUGUCUACCGCAGCAAAACCCGCCAAGAAGCCUGCAGAGCACCCCAAGUACACCGAGAUGGUUGCUGCAGCUAUCGAUGCACUAAAGGAACGCAGCGGAUCUUCCCGCCAGGCCAUCGAGAAAUGCAUCAAGGCCAACUACAAGGUCGGGGAUAACGUCGACACCUAUUUGAAGCUGGCCCUCAAGCGCAUGAGCGAGAAAGGCACUCUAGUCCACACAAAAGGCACUGGAGCUUCUGGCUCGUUCAAAUUGAACAAGGCCGCCGUGAAGGCUGAGAAGCCAAAGAAAGCGAAGAAGCCAGCGGCAAAGAAACCCAAGGCUGCCAAGAAACCCGCCGCAAAAACAACUCCCUUCAAGAAAGCCAAAUCCCCCAAGAAGCCAGCACCUAAGAAGGCAACAAAGUCGCCCAAGAAGGCAGCGAAAAAGCCGGUUGCUAAGAAACCAGCAGUUGCCAAGCCCAAGAAGGCAGCGAACAAGCUCACGGCAAAGAAGGCCGCCAAGAAACCAGCCAAGAAAUAAAAAGACUAUAAAGUUAUUUUACACACAAAAAACGGCUCUUUUAGGAGCCACACACCUAUACGAAAGUCAUGUCUCACUCAUCUUUGUAUAACUUGCUCCAAAAAUACACAUUAUAAACAAUCUUACACCAAA